AAAAUCUCCUUCUUAUUAAAAAAAAAAAAAAGAAAAUAAAAAGAUAUUCCGAAAGCAUUUUGGCUACGGCCACACCAGUCGACAAUUCCCACAAGCCCUAGCACGUAUUACAUACUAUUACUAGUUACCAAUUACAAACAUUACUUUGUUUCGGCGCGAUUUGAAAUUUCUUCUAAAGUCAAUCGAAAGGCGGUUUCCAAAGAUGCCAAAACUUGUCUACAAAAACCCUAAUCGCCAUUGCAAAACCUUCUCGUAGGUUUUCAAUGGCGAUUUUAGAAGAUGUGAAUUCAUGUUCAGAAGAUGAAAGAGAUGAAGGUCUGGACGAAGAUAUUGAAGCUUUAAGGGCAGCUUGUUUGCUAACAGGGAAUACCCCAGAUGAGGAGGAAAUCGAAGAAGAUGUUCAUAAUGACACCACCGAAAUUUCAAUUCCCUCAGACAAGAAUGAUAAUCCUAAUCCUAUUCAUGACGAUGACGAUGAUUUUGAAUUGGUCCGCAGCAUUAAAAAGAAGUUUUCAAUUCCUCCUGAUGAUGGAGGUGCGGUUUUCAUGAAACCACUCAAUUCUUUACCUCCCUUUGUUGCAUCAGAUGGUGAAAACGAUGAUUUUGAAACUCUUCGAGUGGUUAGAAGGAGAUUCUGUGAUUACGAUGCUGACCUCGAGAACCCCGAUGCUCCUCGUGAACCGCUUUCGAGCUCUGAAGAAGCUUGUAAUAUAUACCAGCCCUCGGAAAUUCCUUGCAGCAGUACGCAGAAUCAGUCUUCCAAACUUAUCAAGUGGCACCAGUCGGAAGCCGGAUUCCCUAACCCUGAAGCUGCACGCCUAUUUGUUGAGGCCUUAAGGAAGAACCGAUCAUGUCAAAAAUUUAUUAGGAGUAAGCUGUUACAAAUAGAGGCGAAGAUUGAGGAAAACAAAAAGUUGAAGGAACGCGUAAAAAUCCUCAAGGAUUUCCAGGUUGCAUGCAAACAAAGAGCUGGACGAGCAGUGUCCCUUCGGAAGGAUCCCCGUAUUCAGUUAAUUUCUGUUCCGAAAUUCAGAAAUUCUCAGACAACAAAGGCGAAUUCCAAGAAGGCAGGUGCCAUAUCUUUUGGCCCAGUUGAGAAUUCUCAUGUUGCCAAAUACAGGAUGGCGAUGAAGCGGUUUCCACUCUGUCUGAGUAGACCGCGUUGGACACAGACCGAGAAAGAUAAUCUCUGGAAGGGGAUAAAACAACAAUUUCAAGAGAUGCUGCUUCAGGAGUCAAUAGAAGGUUUUAGUGCUUCAGGUGAUUCAAAUGAUCUGGACGACAUCAUGGCAUCAAUUGAGGACUUUGAAGUCACACCUGAAAAUGUUAGAACCUUUUUGCCCAAGGUUGAUUGGGAGCGGUUGGCAUCAACGUAUGUUACAGGCCGUUCAGGUGCAGAAUGUGAACAAAGAUGGUUGAACGUGGAAGAUCCUCUAAUUAAUCAUAGUCCAUGGACCAAAAAUGAGGAUAAAAAGCUUUUGUAUAUUCUUCAGCAAGGUGGCAUUUAUAACUGGAUUAACAUUUCGAUUACGUUGGGUACCAACAGGACUCCUUUUCAGUGUUUGGCCCGUUUUCAGCGUAGUCUCAAUGCCAAUAUUAUAAAGCGAGACUGGACAGAAGAAGACGAUGGUCAGCUUCGUACAGCUGUAGAAGCUUUUGGUGCAAAUAAUUGGCAGCUGAUAGCUUUUAAUAUGGAAGGGCGGACAGGCACUCAAUGUUCAAACAGAUGGCUUAAAACCUUGAACCCUGCUAGGAAAAGGGUUGGGAGGUGGACUGUGGAGGAGGACAAACGCUUGAAAGUUGCUGUAUUGCUUUUCGGUGGCAAAACCUGGGCAAAAAUAGCUCAAUUCAUCCCUGGUCGGACUCAAGCUCAAUGUAGAGAAAGAUGGGUGAAUUGUCUAGAUCCAUCGUUGAAUCUGAAGCCGUGGACUGAAGAAGAGGACUGUCAGUUGAAAGCUGCUGUAGAAGAAUAUGGACACUGCUGGUCCAAGGUUGCAGCAUCCAUGCCUGGGCGUACUGAUAGCAAAUGCUUGAGGAGGUGGAAGUUUUUGUUUCCUCAUGAAGUACCUUUGAUCCAAGCCGCUAAAAAAAUAAAAAGAUCUGCUCUUAUAUCCAACUUUGUAGAUCGUGAGUCUGAGAGACCCACCCUUGAUCACAAUGACUUUGUAGCUCUACCAGGACCAGAAUCUGUCCUUGCACUCGAAAGUGGAACAACUGCUGGGAAGGAAAAGAAGUCAAGACGGGAGCCAAAAUUAAAGGCGGCCAAAGAUCUUGUACCUUGUGACAACAUUCCAAAGAGGCGCAGCUCCAAAAGGUCUAGAAGUGAAGCUCAGAUGUGUCGCGGGGGGGAUUCAAGGAUACAAAUUGCUGAUGAUGGGGAGACCUGCGGUGAAGAUGGUAUCAUUUCACAAAAGAAGAAAAGCACAAUCCGCAGGUGUUCAAAGAAGAAUCAUUGUGAAAGCACAGAUCUAGGUAAUAAUCAGUUAAUACCUGAAGAUUCAACCACUUCAAUGAUAACUGAAAGUGAGGAUAAAAUCGAGGAUGGUACUGUUUUGGGGAGGAAGAGAAAGGCACCUUACGGACGUUUAAAGAAGAAUCAUUCUAUAAACAUAGAUUCAGGCAAUGUUUCAUUACUACCCGAAGAGUCUACUACUUUAAGGAUAACUGAUGGUGAUGAUAACACGGCAAACUGUGGCGAGGAUGAUGCUGGUUCUAGAAAGAAGAAGAGGAUGCCUAACAAGCGUUUAAAGAAUAAUCAAUGUACAAAUGCAGAUUCAGGUGAUAUUCCACUAUUACCUGAAGACUUAACUGUUGGUGACGAUAACACUGCAAACUGUCGCGAGGAUGGUACUGGUUCGAGAAAGAAGAAGAAGACGCCUAACAAGCGUUUAAAGAAUAAUCAAUCUACAAAUGCAGAUUCAGGUGAUAUUCCACUAUUACCUGAAUACGUAACUGUUGGUGUCGAUAACACUGCAAACUGUGGCGAGGAUGAUAGUUUUUUGGGAAGGAAGAAGGAGGCACCUAGCAGACGUUUAAGGAAAAUUCAAUGUACUGACUCAGCUUCAGGUGACCAAGAUAUUUCAUUUUUGACUGAAGAUUUGACAGUUUUAAGAAUAGGCAACGGAGAUGUUAGUAUUGAGAAGAGUGGUGCCAUUUCUGGAAUGAAGAAAAGGGUCUCUAAGAGGAAUCCUAAGUACAUUCAAAGCGCUAAUACAAUUUCAGGCAGCAAAGAUGUUCCUGAAAAACUGGCAAUUUUGAAGGUAACAAAGAGGGAGAAGAGCAGUGUGAACCAGGGUGAGGUUGGUGUUGCUCCAGGAAACGAGAAGAGUGCAUCUAAUAAGCGUUUAAAAAGGAGUCGGAGUACUGAGCAUGACAGUUCCUUAAUGGAUGGAGAUUUGACAAUUGCAAGUAUAGCUGAUGCUAUUUCAAGGAAAAAGAAAAGAUCCAUUAACAAACGUUUAAAGACAAAUAACUGUAUUCAACCAGCUUCAGCGAAUAUUGACAACUCGUUAUGUCCUGAAGAUACAGCAAUAAGGAUAAAUGACAGCGAGGAUAAUUACAAUAAUAAGGUCUAAUAAGGUCGUUGAUGAUGAUGGGAAUGUUGUGCUAACAAAAGAUUUUACUGAGAGAGAGAUGCCAAAUUCUUAGUGUGUGCGCGCCUAUUAAUUAAUCAGUCCAGAAGCGCCAGGAACUCUCAGUACCUCCAUGUUAUAACUUCUUUGCGGUGGUGAUUCUGGUGAAGAAACUCAGAUUAUUGGUGUUGCAGCCCCUUGGAAGUUACUAAAUCCUUCAUAGUAUUGUCUUGAACAUCUAACACUAACCAAUGGAGGAUAUUGUGUACAUGUAUAGCGGUUCUCGACGAGGUAAAGAUACUUGGAUCUAUUGUACCACUCAUUUUUGGUCAGCAGAUUACUCGACUUCGAGAAGUAAAUUUUCUUUGGAUUUACGAAGUGACUGAAGCUGCAUCACCAAUGGUGAAGGUGUUGAGUCUUAGGCUUGGUACUCAAGACAAGUGGUCCUGGAUGAUAUUUUUUCCGAAGAAGUUGACAACAAACAGGUUUAGCAUUGGUUGGAUUUCUUUGUUAACUUAGAAGUCCUAAAGUUUCACAAUUUUUUCAGUUCUAAUGAGGCAAAUUAGUUGCCAUGUUUUUGGUCGAGAGAGAUAGAGAGAGAGAGAGAGAGACCUUUUGCAUAAAAAUACAUCUUGCGGUGUGAUGCAAAGGUCUGUAUCAAAAAUGUGUACUUAUAGUGUAUCUCUAUACAAUUUUAACUUGUCCAAUAUUGUAGAAAUUCG